AUGCUGAUUAACCGUGUCUUAUUUCAGUAUGUUUCGAAAUUCAGCACUAAGUAUUCCACCGUGCUCGCCUGGCCAACAAUUAAACUUGAUGAUCGUAGUUUUAACCCAAUAUUGAAUUGGCGGGAGAUUUCAACAAGAAAAUCUAUGGGUGAAGAACUGACCCAACUUCCCAAGGUCAAGGGACUGAUACUUGAGCAAGAAAUAGAUUCUGACUUACCUGACUAUUCUGCUGUAAAUAGCCAUGGGGAUAUUAUUGUUGGAGAAGAUCCGGGAAACAUCAAGAUUAUAAAUCAGACAGGCGAAAACAAGGUGGUUAAACUACCUGAACCUGAACCCAUUGUCGUUGAGGGUAAAGUUGUUGAGCAAUGUAUUUCAUGUAUUUCUGUUGAUAAGAAUAACAAUGUUUACGUGGUGAGAUGGGUUCGAACAAGUACGGAAAAAGGGUAUGUAAAAAGUAGCGUGUUGACUGUACUGGACGAGAACUACAAUGUGAAGCAGGACUCGCGCAGAUUGGAAUUUCUGGGGACAUCAAAUAAUGUGAAGAUCGCUAUAAACAAGAACAAUAAUAUCAUCAUGAUGAACUUCCUUGAUUCCCAGGUAUAUGUCUUGGACAAUACUGGAGAAUUAAAGCACAAGUUUCAACCAGGCUUACGUUAUCCACGCAGCAUGGAUAUUUCUGGGCAGGAUGAAAUCAUGGUAACAUUUUACUAUGACCAGGUUGUGAAGAUAUACUCCGAGGAAGGAAAUUUGAAGUCGAUAAUAAAACUACCAGAAGGUCACGUGGUCCUUGGGUUGGCAUUUCAUUAUGUCAUUUGUAAAAUAAUUGUCUUAACCUAUCUCGAGAAAAAAUAUUCCUAUUUUCUUCUGUACUACACUGAAGCAGGUGAACUGGAAAGCACAACGUUCUUUGGUAAGAGAAUUCGGGGUGAAUAUACACCCUGCAUUUAUUCUAAUCCAAGUGAAGUGGUCCUGUUGCUGUUGUAA